UCUGCGUGCAAAUUAAACUGUAUCAAUUUUUCAUUUUUAAGGGGUGUAUUAUUAAUCAGGCAUUAAUAGAGAUUAGAUUAUUAGUCUAAUGCCAAGUGUUUAGAAAGCAAAGGCUAGGGACUCUUUCAAACUCUAGUUAAUUUUAGGCCUCACACUCAGGAGUGGUACUUUCCGAAUGAAGAGAAAACGCCGGAGAUUCCCAAUAAAAUUAGCCCUUUUCUUCCACCGCAGACAUUUCGCGCUCUUCCAAACUUGAUCCUCCCAGAAGAGUCCGCCGCUGUUGUCGUCGCCGCCGCCGCCGCCGUUACGAUGAACAAGGACGUGCUAACUGUGCUCGUCUUUCUCCUUGUCGUCGCCAUCGCACGGCACGCGACUGCGUCGGUGGAGUUGCGCGAGACAGCAUCGCGGCUCAGGGUGGGGUAUUACAACUCCACCUGCCCGAAGGCCGAGGAAAUCGUGCGCGAGGCAGUCACGGCCCGCCACGCCGUCGACCCCACCAUCGCUGCCGGCCUCAUCCGCCUCUAUUUCCACGAUUGCUUCGUCCGGGGAUGCGACGCCUCGAUCCUGCUGGACGAGACCCCCUCCGGCGACCCCGUCGAGAAGAGCUCCUCGGCGAACGGCUUCACCCUCCGCGGCCUCGACGUGAUCGACGCCGCGAAAUCUGCCCUCGAGUCCGCUUGCCCGGCCACCGUCUCCUGCGCCGACGUCCUCGCCUUCGCCGCCCGCGACGCCGCCGCGCUCGCCGGCCUCCGCCGCUACGCCGUCCCCGCCGGCCGCCGCGACGGGGUCGUCUCCCUCGCCUCCGACGUCCCCUCGGGGCUCCCGUCCCCCGCGUACUCCGUCGACAACAUGACGGCGCUGUUCGCGCGCAAGGGGUUCUCCCCGGCCGAGAUGGUGGUGCUCGCCGGGGCCCACUCCGUCGGCGGGGCCCACUGCGUCGCGUUCAGCAAUAGGCUGUACAACUUCUCCGCGACGGCGGAGCAGGAUCCGGCGAUGGACGCCACCUACGCCGCGCAUCUGCGCACGCUCUGCCCCCUCCCUGCCACCCUCGCCGACGUCGCAAAGCAACCGAAGGUGGACUUCGACCCGAGGACGGCGACGACGCUGGACACGUCGUACUACGUGGGGCUACAGACGGGGCGGGGACUGCUGGCGUCGGAUCAGGCGCUGAUGAGGGACCGGCGGGCGCGGGCGAUCGUCCAGCGGAUGGCGCAGGACCCACGCAAGUGGGCGAGGAAGUUCGCAAAGGCGAUGGUGAAGCUCGGCGAGGUCGAGGUGCUCGUCGGCGACAAGGAGGGCCAGAUCCGGACCGACUGCAGGUUCGUCAACGCGGACACGGAUAUCCCGUUCUUCGGCAUCAUCCCCGGCGGCAUCCUUUGACAGUAGUAAUGUAACACUACGUACACUUGUGAUUCUACUUCACUAACGUCCAAUUUUUUAGAUUUUCUUUUUUUAUUUUUUUGAGAAUUUUGAAGAAAAUGUAGCAUGCUAUCCGCUUUAUUCACUAGAGAAGUGAACUAAGCUAUAUGAAUAAGACAACGCAGGCCUCGAACGGGACGAAAAAAAAAUAUAGUAUAUUCUACUUCACUUCUUUCA